AUGCCUUCUACAAGAAGAGGCAAAAGAGCCAAGCGGUUUCCUUCGUCCAUCGACGCAGAUAGCAUUGGUGGAUCUGCAGAAGUUGAGGAACUUCACAAUGUAGAGAAAACUGAAAUGUUACAGGAAGCUGGAGUGGAAACACCAAGAACCUCAUCCUCAUCAAGACAGAAAAUAACAGCCCUUGAGGAUGAAAGAAACUUCCUAAGAGAACAGCUGAAAAAAGCACUGGACAAAGCUCCCACUGCUGCAGGAAAACAUCAAUCACCUUCAGGCUCAGAUUCAUCUGAUUCAUAUUCUUCAGACUCUGAAUCUUCCUCUUCAUCCAGUGACAGGAGGAAGAGGAAGAAGAAGACCAAGAGGAAGAGCAUAAAAAAGGAUAAAGGGGCACAGUUUGGCAAAAGAAUGACAACCCCAGAAGAUGUCCAACACAGGUACAUGGCGGUCCUUAAAACCUUCCAGAAGACCCGAAGUGUCAACAGAAAUUGUGAAAAACACAACGUGGAUCGAAACACCAUCGCCUAUACUGCUGUGAUUGCAGAAGUCUGUUUGGCAGCUGACAGUAAGGAGAAAGCUAGGGUACCACCCUUUCCAGGUGGCUCUCUCUUAAAAUAUGGGAAAGAACUUAAGCUUUUCCUUGACAGGGAGCCAGCAUUGAAAGCAAAAAUUUAAAAAAAGAAAAAGGAGAGAGAGUUCCUGCCGGUCAAAUAUAAAGUAAAAGGGAAU